AAUGCUGAGCUAGCCCAGCCUGCAUGCUGUCAUAAAUCAACCAGGGAGUUAACAAUGGAGGCCCAUGUGCAGUUCCUCACGUUCUUCUUCUUCCUUUCCUCUUUCCCACUUUCCCUUUCUCAACCGGGCAUGGAAGACUGGGAGUGCGGACCAUCCCCUUGUGGAAAAGUUCGAAAUAUCGAUUACCCCUUCUGGUCAGACAAAAGUUAUUGUGGCAGUGGCAGACCUGAGUUCCAGCUAGAUUGUCCCCAAGAUGAAGAUAACUUCCCUUCCAUUCACAUCGAUUCACAGACCUUCAAUGUCACACAGAUUGACUCAUCCACUUACAGGAUGACACUGGUGCGAACAGACUUUGUCUAUGAUAAUUGUUCUUCUUUUCCGACGAACACUUCUGUGAGCACCCCUCUCAAUCUCUUCCAUUAUGAUGAGCCGUCUGUGAAGAACGUGACCCUAUUCUACCACUGCUCAGAGGAAUCCGCUGGGGAAGUCCAAUUUCCAUGCCACCCUGGGACAAGCUCUAAUUCUAAUUCUCGCAACUAUGCUUUCUAUUCGGAAGAUGUCCAUACUGACAUGCCAUUCCAGCACGGUCUUGACAAAUGUAAGCAUCGUAUUCAGGUGCCGCUUUCAAUAGAAUCUCAUGGGUAUACUCGACAUAAAAUCCAAGCCCUUCAAGAAGCUUUGGGUAAAGGGUUUCGUGUGCAGUAUGAUGUCGAUCGGUCUUGCGGAAAAUGCUGGGAGUCUCAUGGAAUAUGUGGGUCGAAUGAUACGUUUCCGUUUAUCUGCUAUUGCCCCGAUGGGCAUCAUCCUCUUAACUGUUCUGUUUCUUCCCCUCCUUCCGAUCGUUCCAGUUCUCCCGGGGGAGUAACUGCUGCAGUCGUUGUGCUUGUCAUGCUCACUCUCUUUUAUUUCUAUCAACGUCGACAGAAGACCACUUAUGCAAAGUCGUCUGUACAAUCACGUACUGCUUCUUCUGUUCCCUCCAUGAAGAUGGACGAUCCUGAGAUUAAUGCAAGUAGAUAUUUCGGAGUCCCCGUCUUCACAUACAGUGAACUUGAAGAGGCCACUAACAAUUUCGAUUCAGCCAGAGAACUUGGAGAUGGAGGUUUUGGGACAGUAUACUUUGGUAAACUUCGGGACGGUCGUUAUGUUGCAGUGAAACGAUUGUACGAGAACAAUUACAAGAGAGUAGAACAAUUUAUAAACGAAGUUCAAAUCCUGACAGGCUUACGCCAUACAAACCUUGUGUCCCUCUAUGGCUGCACUUCUCGGCACAGUCGUGAACUCCUUCUUGUAUAUGAGUACAUUCCUAAUGGAACAGUCGCUGAUCAUCUUCAUGGCGAUCGAGCAAAGCCAGGCUCACUGCCUUGGAAUAUCAGAAUGAACAUAGCUAUUGAAACUGCAAGUGCUUUGGCAUACCUUCAUUCCUCAGACAUCAUCCAUCGAGACGUCAAAACCGACAACAUCCUCCUAAACAACCAUUUUGUUGUUAAAGUUGCAGACUUUGGAUUGUCCCGUCUCUUCCCAGAAGAUGUCACCCAUGUUUCCACAGCCCCACAAGGAACUCCAGGCUAUGUUGACCCAGAGUACCAUGAGUGCUAUAAGCUCACUGACAAAAGUGACGUGUAUAGCUUUGGUGUGGUUUUGAUUGAGCUGAUAUCAUCAUUGCCAGCUGUAGACAUCGCACGUCAUCGACACGAGGUCAAUCUGUCCACCAUGGCAAUCAACAAGAUCCAGAACCGGGCACUGCAUGAGCUGGUGGAUCCUACACUUGGGUUUGAGUCGGAUCAAAAGGUGAGGAAGAUGAUUAAUGCUGUGGCAGAGCUGGCAUUUCAGUGUUUGCAGAAUUUGAAGGAUAUGAGGCCUUCAAUGGAGGAAGUUCUGGAGAUGCUGAGGGAUAUAGAGAGUGAUGGGAAGCAUCGGAGCAAGCCGGAGGUGAUGGAUAUUUCUGCAGAUCAUGUAGGGUUGCUCAAGAAUGAUCUGCCUCCGCCUUCACUUGAUUCUAAUUUGGCAAGCAAGUCUACAACUUCAAAUUCCAGCAAUUGAGUGGUGAUCUUCUCUCUUGCUCAUCUCAGCAAGUUAUCCAUCAUUUGUGGCAGUAGCAGCAGCUAAUCUACCUAUUCUCAGUCUCCAGUUACUUUCACCUGCCAGAGUGGAUAGCUAGGAGAGGAUAUGUGGAUAGAAAGAUAAAAGUUUCCCUAAUUAUAAUUUUGAUCUGUGAAGGAGUUGGUUUUAAA